AUGCCGAUCUUGCUUAACUUGCAGCUACUAAGUGGGAGGGCAGUGUGCUUGGAAGCACAAGAAGAUGAGACUGUUCAGAAAGUGAGCCAACGUGCUCAGAGUGCUCUGGGAGUUGACAAGGGUAUCCUAAUCACUGGAUCCGGUGAGACUUUGGAUGGAGCUGCCACUGUGAAAAGAUCAAGGCUAAAUGGUGGUGAUGUGCUGACCCUCGUGAAGUUAAGUGAGACUCAAGUUGCAAUCUCCAGGAACCAGAGUCGUCCUCCUGAGGAGCGUGGCUCUGCAUGCGCUGCAAUCCUGGGAGAUGGUUCGGUGGUGGCUUGUGGAUACGUCGAAUUCGGUGGUGACCAUAGGGAGGUGCAGGAUCGGCUGCGAAAUGUGAGGCACAUCCAAGCUUCUUCUGGAGCCUUUGCUGCGAUCCUGGCUGAUGGUUCGGUCGUGACCUGGGGCGACGCUAGAUCUGGAGGCGACAGCAGGGCGGUGCAGGAUCAGCUGCAACAUGUGCAGCACAUCCAAGCAUCCGAGGCAGCUUUUGCUGCGAUCCGGGCUGACGGAUCAGUCGUGACCUGGGACGCUCCGUUAUGGGGUGGCGACAGCACUGCGGUGCAGGAUCGCCUGCAAAAUGUUCAGUCCAUCCAAGCUUCUGACGGAGCCUUUGCUGCCAUCAGGGCUGACAGAUCAGUGGUGACCUGGGGCCAUGCUCGACAUGCUGGCGACAGCACUGCCGUGCAGGAUCGGCUGCAACACAUUUUGCACAUCCAUUCUUCUGCCAGAGCCUUUGCAGCGAUCCGAGCUGAUGGAUCGGUGGUGACCUGGGGCUCUCCACAUAGCGGUGGCGACAGCACUGCGGUGCAGGAUCAACUGCGAAAUGUGCAGUGCAUCCAAGCCUCUCAGGUAACCUUUGCUGCGAUCCGGGUCGAUGGCUCGGUAGCGACCUGGGGAGCUUCUGAUUUUGGUGGCGACAGCACUGCAGUGCAGGAUCGGCUGCGAGACGUGCAGUACAUCCAAGCUUCCUUGUUAGCUUUUGCCGCAAUCCUAGCUGAUGGAUCGGUGGUGACCUGGGGCGAUAGUGAUUUUGGUGGCGACAGCACUGUGGUGCAGGAUCGGCUGCGACAUGUGAGGCACAUCCAAGCUUCUGAGGAAGCCUUUGCCGCGAUUCGCGCUGACGGUUCGGUUGUAACCUGGGGCAAUGCCGAAUCUGGAGGUGACAGCAGCACGGUGAAGGGUCAGCUGCAACAUGUGCAGCACAUCCAAGCAUCUGAGGCAGCUUUUGCUGCCAUCCGGGCUGACGGAUCAGUGGUGACUUGGGGCAAGGCUGAAUCUGGAGGCGACAGCAGCGCGGUGCAGGAUCAGCUGCACAACGUGAAGCACAUCCAGGCUUCUUUCGGAAUCUUUUCUGCGAUCCGGGCUGAUGGUUCGGUGGUGACCUGGGGCAUGUGCAGCUCCAGUUGA